CGUUCAUCGCAUACAGACCCAAUGCCGUGUCCAAGAAUUGGUGAUCGAGUCUCGGGACUCAAUUGUCUCGAGACAGGUGUAUGGCAGCAUUCCGCUGUGGGCUGACUUGAAAGCGAGCGAUCAGUCGCGAAGUAGAGCCGAUUCGCACACCCAUCACUGGACCGUUAUCCUCCAGCAUGGGCUCACCAUUUCCCACCUCCAUCUCCAAAGUUGGCGAGGGACACAUUGUCGUCAGCCCCCUGCCUUCGGGCGGCAAUGGGCUUGAGAGCAUCAGAUAUCAGUACCCACUGAAGCUGAUCUCACCGACACCAUCUGUGCACCAGAAAAGCGUGCUGGUCUUCCUUCUCUCUUACGGGGGUGGUCUCGUGGGAGGUGACCACAUCAACCUCGACGUCGAUGUGCGGGCUGGCGCCCUGCUGAGCGUGGUCACCCAAGGUCAUACGAAGAUCUUCAAGUCGGCGUCGCCAGACAUUGUGACGAGUCAGAACCUCAAUGUUCGGGUCCAAGAUGACGCUUCAUUGUGUCUCCUGCCAGAUCCCGUCCAGCCCUUUGCGGACAGUGUCUACACGCAGAAGCAGAUAUUCACAGUAACGCCUACGUCGACAUUAUGCUUCCUGGACUGGGUAACGCAAGGACGGACAGCUCGUGGAGAGAACUGGAGCUUUGUCUCCUGGAAAGGCUGCAAUGAGGUGUGGCUGGCUGGUCACAGUCCAGACGCGAAACCAAGGCUCCUCGUGAGAGAUACUGUUCUCCUGUCGAGCCCGGACAGCGUCGUACUGGGGCGACCCUUGAGAGACGCCAUGCAUCAAAUGGCCGUCUUUGGCACUCUUAUCCUGCGCGGACCCAAGGUGCAGCGCUUGGCGGACUUUUUCAUGGCAGAGUUUGCCGCUUUGCCAAGGCUAGGGGCUCGUGACUUUCGUACCAUUGAGGACCAAGCGAAAGAAGACGGCCAACUGUCAGAGUUGGAACGAUGGCGAGCACAGAGGAUCAGGAUGGAGAGGGCGCAGGGGAUACUAUGGUCAGCGGCCCAUGUUCGAAGCUGCGUCAUAGUCAAGCUCGGCGCCAUGACGGUAGAAGGCGGGCGAGAAUGGGUUGGAGCGAUGCUCUCGAAAGAAGGCAGUGUAGAAGAGCACUUUGGAGAGGAAGCACUCAUGUGCGUCAAGUAGCUGCGUAUAAAUUGAUUUACUGCUGUUCUCCUUGUCGUUCAUGUCUUUCAUGCCAGGCAUACAGUAGGUGGGGCGCCUCAAGGGCGGCCUCGCUUCGGACCCCACCAUGGAAUCCAAAAAAGUUCGAGAUCCCAGU